UUGUUUUCAUUUUAGACUUUAACGUUGUUUUGUCCGUCGAGCGAGCGACUUCGAUGCGACGUUGGAGCGAUUUUGCAACUGUCGCUGCUCUCUCUCUCUCUCUCUUCGUUUCGACGAGUUUCGAGGUUCAAUCAUUUAUUGUCCGUAGCUGGAUAUUCGUACACGGAAGAAUAAUUUCAACCUCUCGUUCUUGCGCCCGGUCGGUACAUCGAUAUUGUGGGUUGUCCACGCUUCUUCCUCCUACCGAAAUAAUUUAAUGUCGCGUAAUAAACGUUGGAUUUACGUGCAAUAAAAGCGGGAUAGAGCGUAUCUCUUCGACCCGCGUUUCUUCCUCGAACGUUUCUACUCGUUUCUUCAAAUUUAUAUCGAAGAGAAGAAAAGGGAUAGAUCUUUUUAGACAAAUGUGACCGUAGGCAAUUUAAAUUCUAAUUCUGCUUCUGUUUGUAACAAAGUAGGAUUAAAAGCAACUGGUGUUCUUUUUUUUUUUCUAGUAUACAUAUACACGACAAUUUUGGUCGACUGGUUUAAUGCAGAAGCAACAGGCGCUGUUUCCUUCGUUCCCUGAUACUACUCGUCAAACUCGAAUACAAAACUAGACCCGCUCGGGUUCUCUAUUUAAAUAGACGGGGAUUUGUGAAGGUUCGAAAAUGCAAUACGACAGGUUUUCUGGCAUCUGUGCCAGAGAAGGAAAAAGAAAGCCGCUCUUCUUUCCUACAUAAUACGUUAAAUAAUUAGAAACUAUUUUUUACUUUAUCAAUAUAAAGAAACAUUGUGAAAUUAUUACAUAAAAAACAAAUUAAUCCGUUUUAACCUAUCGAGGUGUUCAUAAUCGAAUAGAUUGCAUAAAAAGAAAAUGAUGUAAUAUUUUCCUUUUUUUUUCUUCUUUUUUUUUUUGAUUCUUCGACGUGUAAACGAUCGUCUCGGAAACGUCUCAGCGUUUUUGUACCCGGAGUAACGGGGACAAAGAAAAGAUGAAUUAAACAUAACUCGGUACAACCUAUCGGAUGGUCAUACUUUAUACAUUACUAACCACGCGACAAUGCAUCUGCUCGGUUUUCUCUUUUUCUCUUUUCCUCCUUUUUUUUUUAUUUUACCGCGCCUCGAAGCGUCCAUAAACGCCGUGCAACUUCUUUAUUAUUAAUUCUCGUCUUAUAUCCAUUAAGAUCAUCUAAUGAUGUGGUGGGCUCGAAUGUACAUGUUGCGUCAACAGCUGGGAAAAGGGACUUAUAGGAUCGCAUCGAUUAAUUAAGGUAUUAAAUCGAAAGAGAUCGAGAGGAAACGUGUGCAAAAUCGACCAAGAAGAAGACGACUCGUAUCGUUCGAUCCUCAGUUUUUCUCGCGUGAAAAUUCCAAGCAGAAGACUUCAACGCGACGUAGCACGGCGAACGUUGUGCUCCACCGCGUCCCACGCUCUCCCGUCAUCCCUGAAGAAUUCUUUUCUUCGCGCUCGAGGAAACCGUCGUCCAAUUUUAGACGUCGGUCGCGAAAUGAUCGAUCGUAUGCUUUUUGGAAGCGUGACACGUGGAACAAUCGCUGCGUAAUCUCCGCGAGGCGAGGGCAGAACGAUUUGGAAAGCAUCUCGGGAUGUUGACGGAUUUGGAAUUCUCCGGAGAGACUUGGACGAAGUCGGCAGGUUUUGGCAGGCAGGCAGGCAGGCAGCGCAGGCAAAGAGAGGGUGGCUUGGACUUCGGUUCGGAUGGCGGGUAUUGAUCCUAGCGAACCUAGCAGCGGGGUGGCUGGGACCCCGCCUCAAGGAUGAAGGGUGUCUCCCCUUCUCUCUCUCUCUCUCUCUCGUCCCCUUUCGCUCGAGCCUCGAACAGUCGGCCGGCGUUAAAGCGGGACGAGGAUAGGGAGAAGCUCACGCGAGUGGGGUAGUUGCCCCUUAAGAGAGAGGGGUGAACCACCUAGAACGUGUACCAAAGAUACCAUCCCUUAGGCCGGCGUAAUAAGCGCGGCCGAAGUGGUUGGAAAAGCGGGAGCGAACGAUGGAAGCGAUGGAAAAAUAUCUGGAGAAGCCAGGUGAGCCCACCGAAGCCUCCUUUUCCACGCUAAAUAAUAAUACGCCGUGUCGCCCUCUUUUCUUCUCCUCCCCUCUGCCCCCUCCCCUCCCUCUGCCUCAGCGGAGAACCAGCGGAGCGAGCACCGCUUCUCUUCCUCGCCUCGCCGCGCCACGCCAAUCCGAACUGUAAAAUUUCCUCGCUAACCGCACGCGCUUUUCGAUAUCCGUAUACACACGUACACGUACACGGGGAUUGGAGAUGGACGAUUCCCUUUCCUCGUUUAGGAGCGAGAGGAUAUCGCAUUUUUCCUACUCGUGUGUCUUUAUCGAUAAGUUGCGCGCUGGCUUACCAGCCGAUCGUCGUGACGUCACACUUUUUUCUAUGGUAACGCAGAUAUACUUUCUUGCGUGCGAAUGCUUCGACCAGUGAGUCACUGACUUCAAUGGCGCACUUCCUCGGCCGAGUAUUCGCCUUGUGCAUUAUGCCUCAUCGAUCGUUCGAUCAUAGCUCGAAAACGCGGUAUUUUAAAAUAUCCUUCGCAACCAUGUUCGUUGUAAUUUAUUUUUUCGGAUUAACGUUGGAAGGAUCCUCUCCUUGUAGAUAUCUUGUAUUUACGAAAAGGGUUAGAGAGAGAGAGAGAUAGGGAGAGGGGUUAUCGAAGGGAGGAUAAAAAGAUAGUAGCAAACUGGUCACCGGUACCAUCUCACGGCCGCCCUCGGGCAGAAACUUUUCGAUCCUCUGCGUGCUCGGCGAAUGCGCCGCAGUACGCAUGCUCCGCUCUUCCGUACUGGCACAGACUCAUGUGCGAAGAUGGGUUACCACCAGGCACAUCAAGUUCCGAUUACGGUUUCUGGCGACACAAUAUACAUUCCCAUGCUCGUGAAAUUAUUAUGACGACAAGGCGGGAUCGUAAUUUCGCUUUCGUUUCGAUCGAUCAAAAUUUGGAUCGAGAAAAACGCUUUCUUACAUUAUUAUUUGAAAUCGUAUUGAUUCGAAUAUAUAUAUGUUUUUAAGGAUUAUGAUACUUUUUUUAAGGAUUCGGGAACGAACAUUUUAAGAAUAAAUAUUUCGAUACGAACUUUUACUUAAUUGGUCCCCCUUCCGAAAUAACAAAUAUAAAAUUAAUAAUUUAUAAAUGAUAUUAAAGUGUAAGUUGGAUGCGAUAUACUUUAACGAAGGAAAGAAAGAAAAAAGAGGAAAAUUAUAAAAAGAACGAUUACACGUAACAUGGUGAUAGAAUUGAUUUUCAUACGUAAACGCGUCGAAUCGAGAACGCAGCCGCGGCUAGAGAAGCAGAACGGCGACGAAGGUUACAGUGACGACGACGUUUGAACGGCGCAGCCUAUCACGGAAUAUUUCCGUUUCUAGCAGAUAACGGUUGGGACAGAUUAAAAAAGAAAAGGCGGUUGAGAUCGAGAAAAGGCCGGUAGUUCGGUUUGUGUGGGCAAUCGACGGCCGAGGCCAGAAACCUCGUCCGUCCUACGAAAAGGUAUUUUUCGACCUGUAUCUACGAGUCGUGUCGUGUCGAAACGGCGAAAGAGAGCCCCGCAGCUGCGCAUCCUUCUUGGUCGUUCUCCAGGCGGCCGUGUCUGGUGGCCCCAGAGUUGGAGACGCCUCGGCUUAUUUCCCUCCUGUGCCAGCUGUGCGAAGCGCCCGCACACAGCCUGCCCCGCUAAGACGAGACCGUCGACGUGACGAGGAUGGACAAAGACGAGGAUAGACGUAUCGGGUUCUAACGUCGGGCGGAGAGAGAGAGAGAGAGAGGGAACGACCGUUCUAGCCUACCGACAGAGAACGAAAAGCGAAACGUGCUCUAGUAGCCGAAACGGAGAGAAAGACGAAUAGCUGUGUGUCGCGAUGGAGUGGAAAGAGACGCGCGGCUAUUUCUCUCUUUCUCCCACCCUCCCUCUCCCUCUCUUCCUUCCUCGCUCUACCUACGUUGGAUCAAGAAAGAAGAGGAGACUUGGACAACGAGGGGGAAGGAGAAAGGUUACCCUCGAUCGUUUGAUGGUGGGGUCAGGUUGCCACGGAGGUUCGGAGGGGAGAGUGAGACCACCGGAAAUCGGUCUGUCCUUAUUUGAGAGACCGCGUGAACCACACGGAGGUCUGGGCUUUCGUGCCUGCUUCCACUCUUUUCGAUGGCUUCUCUCUUCGAUGCGGCUCCACGCGGUCGAAACAAGCGAACAAGCACCGACCACGCAUCCAGGCAAAAACUUUUCGAGAGAGAGAGAUCUUCUCUUUGAAGAUGUGGCCCGUUGGAAAUCGUUGAAAAGAUCUGCUAUACGGACGGAUUGUUGUAUGGACGUUUUUCCACGGAUGCCAGUUUUUCGAGAAAAUCGUUGAAUCGUUGGACGCCAGGAGGGGAGAAAGAGGUGUGCGAAACGUGGGGGAGAUACCUCCUAACCAGCGCGUUCGUCGCGCUGGUUAUACGAUAUCGCAAAAGGGGGAAAAGAUGCUCGUCGAGAAGCGAUGGGAAGCUGUAGCAUUGCAGAAGAACGUUUGUCUUGGAACUGGAGCAUCUCUAUACUACGUCGGCUUGUCGAAGACCUUCUCUGAUAUCGAUGACGAUACGGCAGAUUAUUUUUACUGCGUGCUAAAAAUAACAAGGAAUAACUUUUGAUUUUUUUUUUUCUAUCAUCGAAGAUUCGUAACGAAGUUACGUUAUCUUUAUUACCAUUAAACUUUCAUAAAGAUAAAAUUAUGAAAUCGAGAAAUCGUAGUAAUAUCGUUAGAAUUAAUAGCGAGUAUAUAUUGAAAAAGAGGCUUUGGAAGCGUAAGGAGGAAAAAUUGGAUCGAUGCAAACACGUGAUAACAACUAUGAAAUAUUUACACUUGCAUUUUAUCUAACAAAGGUAAAUCUGUCUAUACGUCCAGGGAACGAACCAAUAAUAUGUCAAUUCAAGACCAUUAAUCCAACGUAUACGCAGAAGGGCGUUCAUUAUCUGGUACGCGUGUCUUCAUUAUCAAACCAAAAUGGUCGAUAUGGCGAACCGGGUAUCGUUAAAAUAGAUUGUUAAUUCGUUUGUCUCGCUCUUGAGGAUCCUCCUCGAACUAGUUCUUUAUCAGCGAUAAUUAACUCCGCGUCGGGAAAAUCUAGAUUUCGCAUCGUGAAAUGCAACUUUGAAAAUUUUUUUCUUCCUUUCGAUCUUUGUUCACCGCUCGAUCGAUAUCUAUCUUUUUUCUUUUUUUCAAUAUAAUUAGUAAUCGCGAUACUUUGAUAGAAAAUUUUACUUUUAAAGAGAGAAUCAAUUUUUCCCGAUCUUCUCGUGGCUCGUCCAAGCUUCGACUCGUCCAGCGGCAUUUUUUAAUCGAACGCGUUCGUUCGUAAACGAUGCUAAAAUAGGUAGAACGGCAACUAUCCGAGUAAUUUCCGGAGAAACGAAGCCUUUGGAAGCGUUUAAGGUGUUGCAGAGGCGUUGUCGUGUGCCAACAUCCCCCGUGAUCCCUCGCUCGACGCCAGAUCUCCUUCCCCUUUUUUUUCCUCGAGAAGGUUGACCCUCCUCUUCGACAAAUAACACACAUCUCGCCGAAACUGUCGAACGUUAUUCCACCGUUAUUCCAACUUUAUUUCCGCGUUUCCUUCUUUCUUCCUCUGCCUCGGUCACGAUCGAUUCGGAUGAUCUGAUAGGGGACACCGAUCCAUCGGUUCACGGAAUUUUCUUGUAUCCAGACAAUUAACCGGACUUAUUGAUCGUGCAGUGCAAUACAGUUUCGGUUCGGUUGCGAUCGAACGGGGUCAAGUUCUCCUUCCUUUGUGCCACAUAAGAUGCCAUGAGAACCUGAUUAGCGGCGAUAAAAGAGAAAUAGUAGCGUGUUCACGCAACGAAAUUCAAUCGAAAUGGAAUAGGACGCGUGGAAAUGGGAUACGAUUCGCAACGUUUUUCCGAAUUCCGAGAGAAAGAAAAAUUGUCCAAGACUCGAGAUGUAUCUCGAAAGUAAACGGCUUUGAAUCAAAUUCAAUUUUUUCUUGCGAUUUUUAUUUUUCUGAUUACGUCGCCGGUCACGGAAAAUUAAAUUCCGCGAUGCGGUGGGGGACGGAACUCUUUAUCUCCCGUUACUUUCAUUUGGCUGUAAAAUGGCGUGUCUUCCGCCUUGUUCGCCAACCCGUUAAAUUAAUCGGUUUCUUUUCGACUCGUACGAAUUUCCAUUCCGUUUUUAAAUUUCGAAGUACAAAAUUGUGCGUAUCACAUCUUACGUUAUAAAUACGAAUAGAAAUUAUUUUCGAAAAAGUGUAUUAUCGCGAGUGUGCACAAUCAUACGUGAUAACGUAUGCAAAGAGGCGAUUACGCGUUGGAAAAGUCGGAUGGAUCGAAGAUUCCACGCGAUCGAACUCCUUCGUUUCGAGUAUUUUUAGAGGCGCCCUCUUAUACGGACGUUACGUACCUUUUCGUAACGAGGCGAAACACGUUAUGCAAUUUUCCAGUUUCUCUAGUGAGGUGCAAUAAUUUAUCCAGUGCCAAAAAGAACGUACGAAUUUCCAAGUGCGAGAGACAAGAUUUACGAAAUAUUCUCUAGCGCGUCCAUCUUUGCUCGAUGCACAAUAGUCGGGAUUCAGCGUGCAUUCUUGCAGACAAAGCUGUUCACAGAGCCGAGGAGAAAAAGAGCGCGUAACCUAACGCCCCUGCGAGGACCAGGUCGAGGAAGCGCAAGUUGGUCGAGGGAUGGCGAGGAGAAAGGGAGAGAAAGAGAAAGAGAGAGAGAGAGAGAGGAAAUCGGUAGCAGUUGGCUAUACCGGAUAACAGAGGCAAGGAGGACCGCGUGGUUCGAGGGGUGGCGAACCCCUGAAGGACCCUAGUCGGUAGCGGUGACCUCCUCCCUCUUUUUCCCUGUCUCCCUGGUCUCUGUUCCUUUCCAACCCUGCCCCCUCCACGGCACUCGUCAUCCCUGCCGCGACGGCACCGGAGCACGAUCAUUGGUUCACCGGUUUCACGCAGACACGAGGAGGCACACGCAGCUGCCACUGGCUGUCUCUUGUUCCACGGCCGGACCCGAUCGGCCAGUCCGAAGGAGAAGCAGCGCGCGUGCAGUAGUUAGCACGUUGUCUGUCACGCGUGAUAUACACCCAACACGAGUUGUUUAUUAGACGAUCGCAGUAUCUGCACAGAACGGCGGCUCUGUUUCUUUCUCAACGUGCCAUUAUCCUCGGGGGAUAAGUUACAACCAUCCGUUCCCGUUCUUUCCGGUCGGUUACAAGAAGAGACGCGGUCGCCCCUUUGGUGUUUCCUCUCGUGGCUACCACGAGUCGCACUUACACAAGUUCGGCGAUUUUCGUACACGCUCGUCGACGAUCGUCGCUGAGCCACCGUCAUCCGUCGCCAUCUUGACGGUCCGCCCACCAAUCAACGUCACGAUCACGUAGCGCUGAUCGUCACGAACGGAGAAAGGUACACGAGGCGACACCUUUCGCCGGCAGCGCGGACCCGUCUCUCCCACGUGUCGCGGAAAAAGACGUGUGCGACACGCGCGUUCCCGAUCGUCGUCUUGUUGCCGUUGCCCUUUCUCUAAUUUACAACCCCCACCCUCGAGUAGUGGACGGUCGAUUUAUACGAGGCGCGCGACCGCGUGUGCGUGUGACGUUUUGAAUUUGACUCGCGAGGAAGUGGUGGCGUCUAUCGGGAGGCCUACGCACACAUCGUUUUUCGGUACUCCGCCGUCUCUGCUCCCUUUCCCCCUCCACGCUUCUCGCGUCUGCUUGUCUCUUUCGCUCUUUGCUCCUGGCCCCCUUCUACGUCGCCGGCCACAGUUCGCAGGGCGUCGCACGCAGGGCGGUACCGAUGCCCUUUCGACCUCCCGCGGUCAUCCAGAGUACGCAAGAGUGCUUCCGUCGCGUGACUGUCUCGUUCUCGAUUCUCACGUUCUAACGACACAUUUGUACGUUUGAGCCUCUUCUGUUUGCAACGGUCGUCCUUUGAGAACACGUUCGUUCUCCUUUUGUCGCGCACACACACACACACACACACAUUCAUAUACACACGUUCAUACACGUGUCGUGCGUCGUCUCGCAUAGAAAAAAAAAUCGAGAGGAUCGGACCAGGGGAAGGGGAUUUCGAACAAUUUGAACAUUUAACAUUUCCAUUUUUGCCGCGCUUCCCUGUGUUGUGUGGCUCCGCGUACACCCACGUGCGUCUGUUUUGAGUAUCCAAGUGUCAACGGUUCCUGGCGAAGCGACCAAGCAAAACGCAUCUAGUCACGCGUUCUCUCACCAAAGCGAAACGAAAGGGACUGGUUGAAAAUCUGUCCUUCACCGACCGAGGAUCGAGAAAGAGAAUUUAACUGGAAAUAAGAAGAAGGAAAAAGAGAAAAAGUAUCGCGUACAUUGGGAUUAGAAGACUGUUUACCGACACUGUAUAUCAAUCGGUAGAAACGAAGAAUCGCUACCAAACUUCGUUACCCACUUAACACUUUCGUCCAAAGAUUACCAAUCCUCUUCUGCCUCGUGUCAAUGAUGAACAACAUUGGUGUACGAAUUGUGAAAUUGUGAGUGAACAAAUUCGUGGACAAUGAUACAGAAUUUCCAUCCAGUGUCGUUGAACAUGUCGUAGAGACUUUAUCGCUUUUAUUACGUGUCGGUCGAGCGUGCGUGAGCCCGUGUGCGUGUACCAUUCGAUACGAAGGAGACAACGGAUUAAGAGGUUAGGAUGCCGCAGUGCGCUGUGGCUACGUGCCGCAAUAGUCAUCGUCGGACCCGCGGCCGUCGUAUCCGCUACCAUCGAUUCCCCCAGAUACCGGAAGUGCGCUCACGGUGGGUGCGCGCGUGCGGUCGCGUGCCCCUCUCGAAUGGCGAGAUACCGUUCAACAUACAAACUGCACGUAUAUGCUCCCUCCACUUUACCAACGACUCUUACGAGAAGGAUAUGGAGCACCUUGUGCUCGGUCUUCCUGUGCGCAGUAGGCUGCGUCGUGGCGCUGUACCGACGAUCGGCGUGCCGGUGAACGUGCAGCCGGUCACCAAGAUGCUGGUCGAGGACGCGAAGCGUUCCCUCCUCAAGGUCACCCAUGCUAAAAUGUUAACCGACCAGAAAGUGAUCGGCAACAUCGGUUUGGCCGACAGUAAGUACCAGCACCAUCAGCCGGCCACGGAAAGGCGGCAGCAGCAGCAGCACCACCACCACCAACACCAACAACGUGCCAAGAGUGGCAAUCAAGUGUACCAGGAGCAAAAGAUGGCGGGCAUCGACGUACUGCUUGCCCUCGGACUCAAACCCGCGCCACGCUUGAACAAGAUGCACGCAAUGGAAGGUGCGGCUGGAAAUGGGAAGAAGGUGGACUCGGCCGAGAAGACGAGGGAUGACGAAUCGUCGAGAGCUUCGCCGAAAGUUCCUCAGAAUCAGCAAAAUGGCGCGGCUCUUCCGGAAGAAACUGCCACCGCUCCGACCACCAUCGAGUGUCUUCGAUCCGCGUCGAUCAAGAAGGAACCUCUCUGUGAUUCGGAACCGGAAGCGGCGGGCAAAAGCUUGUCCUCGGCGAAAACGGUGCAACAAAAACCUGCAGAAUCACGUUGCACGAAGAGCAAAACGGAAGGUAGCAGAAAACGGAAAUCAACGGAUGGACAAUUGUCAUCGAAUGGAAAUUCUACCUCGAAGAAAUUGUGUAUGGAACAGAGGGAGCAAUACAUUUCUUCUCUUGUCGGCUGUGAGAAAGUUACCGCGGAGGAACUUGCUGCGAGGGCUGAUCAACUUCGAGCUGAAGUCCAAGCCCUGGACGAAUUAGCACGUGCCAAAGAAAUGGAAUGGAACGAGAUUUUGAGUAUGAGAAAGUUGAAGGAAGAAGCGUACCUGAGAAUUGAGAGACGGAGACAAGUUAUGGGAUUUAUGGAGGGUAACGGACAAUUAGCAGAUACGUUGCCACCGGCAAGUUUAGCGCUAGGCCCUGAGUGGGAGAGUAGUGGUAAUACCACUCCUGUGUCCAAAGAAAAAUUGAGUUUCGGUUCUAAGGAAGAUCUGCCGGAAGAAAGCUCUCAAGAUUCGCCUGCUUUUAAAAAGGAAAAAAUUAUAAAACAAAAUACGCAACAAUCGACACCACCCAAACAAGGAGGAGAAAAUGGCCGAAAACAGACGGAAGCACUUAGUCCGGAAAAUAGACAAAUUGGCGAAGGUCGUCAAGGUGCCAUUGUCGAUGUCAGGUCUAUCAUUGCUGAUUAUAGAUUGAGGCAUCCUGAAACGGUACCACGCAGGGGUCGAAGAAUGAGAAAUUCGGUAAAUGUUGGUCUUGGAGCUGGUGGAGCCAUGGUCGAAACAGGACACAAUGUGGAUUCAAGACCAUCUAGUACAGACUCUUGUAAAAGUACUUCAAAUACGGUUGAUCCUAAUAAUUCUAUGAGCUUUAAAGAUGUACUUGUGCAGUUUGCCAAAUUAAGUCAACAACAAGGUGAACCAGUAAAAACACCUCAAAAUUAUCCGGAUGUGACGCUUCACCCUGUUGCACCAUCUCCAGCACCACAAAAUACUCCACCACAACAGAGUGGUUCGUUGCUUCAUGGAAUUCUCACGAAAUCACAAUCUCCAAGACCUACUACUUUUUCACCUACUUUAGCUAGAUUACUCACCGCACCUGAAAGAGAAAGGAAUGCACCAACAGCCGCGUCUAUACCACAGCAAAGUGCAGCAACCCAGCACCUUUUGCAGACAUAUCAAGGCUCUAAUCCGGUUUCUAUCAGUGAUCUCCUAUCUUCUUCCAAGGCUCGAACUGAAAUAACAAUAACACCAGUCAUCAAUACUCCAGUUCAAUCUCAUGUGGAUGACGUUGAAGAAGAAUCAGCAGUAAUUGAAGAUAGAGAGGCUCGCAUUUCUUCAGGAGGUAGGGAUGCUAGAGAAGAUAGAGACAGUCCGCCACGAUGCCAAGGAUGUCAUGAGCGUGUAGCACAGUUUGUAUGUGCUGGUUGUGGCCAUCAGUGGUAUUGUAGUCGCGAAUGUCAAGUUGCUGCGUGGGAUGAACACUCAGAAGUGUGUUCUGGUUAAAGAACGAGUACAUGUUUAUUUAAACCUUGUACUCGUGGUAUCAGGUUAAAUCUUUCAACCUUUCAACUGAGAAUAAAUCUAGUCAAAAAAAAACAGCCAAGAAUAAUGCGUUUUGGAUACGAAACGAAAAAAGGGAGAAAUAUUAAGAGAGCAGUGUAUAUUUUUAAGAAUCUUCAAAUAUGUUUAAUCUGUAAAAAAUAAGUUUUAUUUCAUAAAAAAGAGAGAAAACCGUUAAGUUAAUAGCGCUUCUUAUGAGAGAUGAGUAUUUACGAUGAAAAUAAAAAUAUGAGACUUCAGGCACUUCGACAAAAAAAGAUUAGAAUUCGAGUUGAAACGAUCGUUGCUUCACUGUAUCACCGCGUUGCUUUUAUCCGUAUAAGAACUGAACGAUCGUAAAUCUUCAUUCAGACAAAUAGAGAGUAUUAACCCUGCUGAAAUUAAGCAUUUAAUAUCUUCCAAAGGACAAACUCUUUGAGGAACUCCUAAUGUAAUGGGAAUUCAUGAUAUAAACAUUCGUAACAAUUUCGUGUACUUUUUUUUAGACUUUGAUCAAUGCAUGACGUACAAUGUACGUGCUAGUUGAAAAUUUCAAAUUUUUUCAAACAAGUAAAAGAAAACAAGCCAUAAAUAGCUAGAAUAUGCGCUUGUAAUGAAGAACAAAGCACAAAACUGUGUCUCGCGAUGCUGUACAUAAUUUUAUACGUAUUAGCAGGGUUGUUCAGCGUCAAAUUUUAAAAGAUUGAUUAUCCGUGUGCCAUGCGUAAGAUUCGUUUCAUGGUCAGCUUUAUGUGUGAAACAAAUUUAAAUUGUAGAUUAUUCUAGUGUUUUUAUAAUAUCAUUUUGUUUCGUUUCUUUAUUUUUUUUUUUUUUUUUCUCUCUCGUUUUUUGUAACUAAGUCUUAUUAAGUUACAUUAAAAUAUCGCAUUUGAUGACCAAAAUGCGAAGUACACACGGACGUUGCAGCCUUCGUAUAUGUUUUGUCGUUCAUUUAAGCACGUACAAUGCGUAUCAAAUACCAUAUUUUAUACCACGUUUGUUACCAACGUAUAAAUUUAGAUUUAACAAAAUAUUAGUCUUAGUAGUAGGUUUAAGAUUACUUCUUUUUCCCUCCUCCCCUUCUUUCGUAACUUGUUCGUUGGUAACGUAUUUGACAUGACUUGAGUUCAUUUCUUUUUUUUUUUUUUUUUUUUUUUUAAAUUAGCAUGUUACCUAAACGACAAUUGUCCCAGACAUAAUCUGUAGUCCAAAGUUCCUACAGGUACACGCAACAUUAUAUAUAUUUUUCCCAAUUAUGAAGCAAACCAAAAUAAAGUUUUUAAUCGUAUUUUCAUGAAUUUUUACUGUUUCUAUAACCAAUUGCAUGUUAAAUAUUUACUAUAUAAUACUAUAUAAUAUUGUUAUUUCUCUUAAAUAAAAUAAUAAUAUUGAUUUCAAUAUUUUUUUUAUCACACAUGUAACUUUUAAUUUUGUAUAACUUAAUUUUUUCCUCUAUCAUUUUUUAUAUUUUUAUUUUUCAAUAUUAAAAAUUUUGUAGUGUCAUUUUAAUUUUUAUAACAUAUUUUAUGUAAUUCAUUCAUUUAUAUAUAGAUGUUUCAUACAAACUGAAUAAUAUUAAUAUAAUAUAAGUUAUAUAAUAAAUUAUAUAAACAAAUACAAUUGAAGUGUAUAAAUUAUUAAUAUAAAAUAUUAACUUACAUUCGAUAUGCAAAUUGUAUUGCAUUCGAUAAUUGUUACUACAAGUUACUAAAAAACUAAUGAGUAAUAAUGGCGGCACUGCUAUAACUUAUAGUUAUCAGAAAGAUAUUCCUGCGCGGUAAAUCAAAUUUUUAUAUAGGAAAUUUUUGAUUGAUAAAAUGACAUUUCCACAAGCUCAUCAAGUUGAAUUGAUAGCAUUAGCUGAAUUAGCAGGAAUUUCAGCAGUUCCGGGAGUUUAUCG